CUGCCCAUCUCUUGGGCGUACAUCAAUCUGAUGGGCGGGAGCGGCCUGCGCCACGCCUCCGAGGUCUCCAUCCUCAACGCCAACUACAUGAGCAAACGGCUGGAGGACCACUACAAGACUCUGUACAAGGGAACCAACGGUUUUUGUGCCCAUGAGUUUAUCCUGGACACGAGAGUCUUCAAGAAGACGUCAGGAGUCGAGGUUGCUGACAUCGCCAAAAGGAUGCAGGACUACGGUUUCCACGCGCCGACGAUGUCGUGGCCGGUGUCAGGCACGCUGAUGGUUGAACCGACGGAGAGCGAAGACAAGGCUGAACUCGACAGAUUCUGCGACGCCCUCAUCCAAAUCCGAGCGGAGAUCCGUGAGAUCGAGGAGGGGAGGAUGGACCGGAGGAACAACCCGCUCAAGAUGGCGCCGCACACGCUGGCCUGCGUCACGCACAGCGAAUGGAACAGGCCGUACUCACGCGAACAGGCGGCUUUUCCACUGCCAUUUGUCCAGCCCGACACAAAGUUCUGGCCCUCGUCAGGUCGGACUGACGACAUCUACGGAGACCAGAACCUGGUCUGCACGUGCCCGCCCAUCGACCAGUACGCUCCGCCCUUCAUGGAGAACGGCAAGGUCAAGUCUGCCGUCUGACAACCUCCGCGGUCGCUAGGCAACAGAAGAUAUAUUUGUACGAGUCGCUGAAAUGAGGAGAUAGAACUAUAUUGAUCUGGUGUAUGAUAUUGCAGAGAAUAUUAAAGCAGAACCAACUAUGUGUGUUACAUGUGGUUAUCCGGACAGUUUCACUUUCUUUCUUCUCAUUUUUUAUCCAACAUAGGAAAUACUACAAUCUGUGACAGGGUAUCUUUUUAUGACUUGCUGAAAUGGCAAAAAUAUGGAGAAAUGUUAUAUAAAUGUUUAAAAUGAUAUGCCAUGAUUCAGUCAUGAAUUAGCCAUAAGCCUUUUGUAACAGGCUGUCUCAUUGGUUGUUCAUUUGUACCUGCUAUGGUUACUGCCAUCAAAGUUUUGUAACGUGAGAUUUGAUUGGUCUUGCAUUUCCUGCCAUAUGACAUAUUGCCUCCAUGAUGUGAUAAUUAUCGGUUCUGCUAUAAUUCUUUUAUAUGUGAUAAUUUUGGGUUUCAGCUGGUAGCUUUGUCUGUAGACAGGCCAGGUACAAGGGAGGGGGAUAAACUGUGAAAAUGGGACGCGGUGCAAAAAUAAUAAGUUUUGUAUCAAUACCAAAUUUGGAGGUUGUGGAAGGUGUUAAAGUCAUAAAUUCACAGUGGGAGAUAACAAGUAUAUUGGGUGGUUACAGUGCACAAGGGAGAGAUAAUCAUAUUGAUUAUGUGUAUAAAUAGCAAGUUUACUGUUACAUGUAGGGAUGCUGGUGUUUUAUUACCAAAGGCACACUUGAACUUGUCCCAAGAUCUGGGGAAUAUCGGAGCACAAAUGUUUCAUUAUCAGCUUGAUUUUUUUUGUUGCUUCACAAGAUUUAACUUAAUAUUGUUCUCUUUGUACCCGUGUAACAGUGGUGUCUACUCACCUCUCUGGUUGUUUCGCCAGUAUGACUUUCCUAUGUUAUUCUGUGGGCUAUUCCAUUCCAAAUGCUGAGGGGGGCUCAUUUUAUGUCCAUGGUUAUAUGCAAUUUCCCUCGCUCGUCUCUUCCUAUCUUUUUAAAGAAAGACUCGUGUGCCUUUUCUGAACAUUCGGAAUGGAGUAGCUGACAGUGUAUAAUUUUUGUUUUGUUUUGUUUUUUGGUAAAAAUGUCCUUGUCAUUGUUAAACUUGGAGUAAAACAGACUUGUGGGAAUGCACUUUGAGGGGUUGUACAUAGGAUAAAUUUGUAUUUGGGUGCAAUUGGGGAUGUGUGACAACAAUAAAAAAGAUGGUUUGAUAUUGAA